UCAUGAAUCAUGUUGGCUGAAAUUCCUAAAAAUUCUGAUGCAGCAUCCAAAAUUGUUUUAAUCUUCACUGAUCUGCUUGACAGCACUGUGGUAACAUUAAUAACCUUGACAAUAAAAAUGUGUAUGGGUGCCUCCUGCUGCCCCCCGCAAGAUGCCGCCCUGGGCAACGGCACAUGUCGGCCAUGCCUAAAUCCGCUACUGGGUCCAGGCACAUAUUCUCUAACUGGGUAACUGAUAUAUUCCAUUUGCACUUUAUCCAGAAUUCUUCCUCCAAAUGCAAACAAUAUACUCAAGCUCUCUUGCCGCUGUCCCACAUUGUUUUUAAACAGUCUUAUAUUCACUAUUUUACCUCCUUUUAGAUUCACCUUGGCCCUUUAGGGGCUCCGUACUUUUCAACUCCUCCCCCGACUGCAACUGGCAUAUCUCGCGUUGCGAUAUAGUUCAAGUCGAACACGCCCCUUAAUGUCACAUGAUCAGCAUAUGUUCGAGCCCUUUUUUGAUUGGUUCUUAAUCCCACGCAUGCGCAUAUACUGCUGUGCUUUCACUUCCACAUAAACAAGAGCAGUGAACUGGAGAGUGGAUCAUGGAGCAUCGCUUUGACAGGGCAGCGGCGGUGCUGUCACCGCUGGAGGAGUCCAGCGCCGAGGUGAGCAGAGACAGCGGCAUCGUGUCGCAGAGCGCCAGCAGCUUGUCUAUGGUUAGCGAGGCCCUGAGCAGCGGUACCGUGUCUCAGAGCUCGAGCUUCGGCGCUGCAGUGGCCCAGGACCCGAACUCUGCUGCGGGAGAAACCCAAGAACAGAGCGAGCCGGAACAGACACAAGACGACGAGCUGCUGAGACACACAGCGAUAGCUUACUCCUCCUAUAUGAGAGCAAAUGCUGAAGAAGAGGUCCUGUGCUUGGAGAGAAGUCUGGAGGAAAUGCUUACAAGAGUAGAUGAGUUUGUGGGAAUGCUUGAUAUGAUUAGAAAUGACACAUCUCAGGUGGUCAAUGAGAACCUGCCACAGAUACAAAGAAAAUCUGAAGAGAUGAGAGGGAUAUACAGAAAAAUCGACAAAUUGGAGGCCUUUGUCAAAAUGGUUGGAGCCAAUGUCAGUGCCAUGGAAGAACAAGUCACUCAAGUUGAAGGUGAAGUUGGAACUCUACCAGGCGCCUUCAAAAAGAUCUUUCGCACAAUGAGCGUGCCAGGAUUUUUAAAUAAACGUGCUAGCCCAAGAAGGCAAACGCAAAGACAUCAAGAGCUUCCUAGUGUAUUUAGGACAGAAGAUUACUUUAAAUCUCAGUCCGAGCAGUAGAAGAGAGACUCCUGUAUUGACUUAAGUACUUACCAAGCCCAGGGAUCUUCAUCAUCAGAAAUGCUGCCUGGGCGAUUAUAACCAGAUACACAUCUCAGAUACACUUUCCUGGGAUUGCAAAAAUGAAACAUUUCAGUCACUUUAGCUUCCAAUUAUUUGAAUGAAUCUUGGUCAAAGCGAAGUGUUAUUUUAGUAGACCAGUAAAAGGCAGCUAGUUUUAUAACCAACAGAAGCUUUGGUUUUGAAAAAAAUUUCAAGUGCCUCACCAGGAAGUUUGACACUGUUUCUUAAAAAUGAGAAAGCAUGCUUGUAAAAUGUCAGAACAUUUGUUGAAAUGUUUGUAUGAUUUUUUUUUUAAAUUUUUUUUUUUUUUUACUCAAACUUGUACAUAAUUUAUAGCUUUAUAAUGUUUUGCCCUUGGUAUUUUCUUCCAAUGCUUGAGAUCUUUGCACUAGUUUCACUGUUGCUUUAACCAGCUAUUUAUCCUAUUGAGGUUUAAUAUCAGUGUCUGACAUAUGCUGACAAUGGAUAUUUUAUUCUUAAUGGAGCAAGUGUAAAUUACUCUGGUUUAUUAUGUAGCAUUUAGUGCCACUUUCCUCAGCAAAACAAUGUCACCACAACAAAUCUUGUUUGUCAUGGACCAUUUGCUUUUAUAUUGAAAUGUUCAUUGAUACUUAUGUUAUGCUAAUUGUGUUACAUAAUUAUAUUUGUAACUAAUUACUGCCUAUUUGUAAUACAUUUACAGAUGUAGCUUUGAGCAGUUACUAAUUUUUACUCUCAAUAUUGAUCAGUAAUGGCAAACAUAAAGAAUGGCUUUUCCCUUCUA